AAGCCCCUGUGCUUUGGCCCUAGUGGGACAAAAACAGUAGGGUGCGACGCCGAAGGCAUAAUAAAAGCGUCGCCGUUUUAUUCCUCGCGGCUGACCUUUGCUCUCCAGCGCCGCCUGGCCUCCUCUUUGGUUAUCAUUCUCGCGUCCAAUUUCUCUCCAUUACGGUUUGUCUAGAUACCAUAUCAAGGCGGAGGCACACCAUCGGCACUAUGGCGCUAAUAUUGUAUGCUGGUAGCACAAACAAGAAUGGUUUCAAGGCACUUAUUGCAGCAGAAUGCAGUGGGGUCCAGGUUGAACUGGCCAAGAAUUUUGAAAUGGGUGUUUCAAAUAAAACUCCUGAGUUUCUUAAGAUGAACCCCAUGGGGAAGGUUCCUGUAUUGGAGACACCAGAUGGCCCCAUUUCUGAGAGUAAUGCAAUAGCACGUUACGUUACCCGCUUGAAGGCUGACAAUCCUCUUUUUGGUUAUUCACUUAUUGAUUACGCCCGAAUUGAGCAAUGGAUUGACUUUGCAUCAAUAGAGAUUGAUGCAAAUAUAUCAUGGUGGUUAUAUCCAAGAAUGGGAUACAUCCCAUUUACAGCUGUGGUUGAGGAAUUUGCAAUUUCUGCUUUGAAGAGAUCUCUAGGUGCUCUAAAUACUCAUCUAUCCACAAAUACAUACCUUGUUGGCCAUUCCGUGACGUUGGCUGAUAUUAUCAUGACAUGCAACCUUUAUAUUGGAUUCAUCCAAAUCAUGACCAAGAGUUUUACCUCAGAAUUUCCUCAUGUUGAAAGAUACUUCUGGACUAUGGUUAAUCAACCAAAUUUCUCCAAGGUAUUGGGUGAGGUAAAGCAGACAGAUUCAGUGCCACCUGUUCAGUCACAGAAAAAGCCUGCUCAACCUAAACAGUCUAAGCCAAAGGAAGCUAAGAAAGAACCCAAGAAAGAGCCUGCAAAGCCUAAAGUAGAGGAUGCUGUGGAGGAAGAAGAGGCACCCAAGCCCAAACCCAAAAAUCCUCUUGACCUGCUGCCCCCUAGUAAGAUGAUUUUAGAUGAGUGGAAGAGGUUAUAUUCAAAUACAAAGACCAACUUCCGUGAGGUUGCCAUCAAGGGUUUCUGGGAUAUGUACGACCCCGAGGGCUACUCUUUGUGGUUCUGUGACUACAAGUAUAAUGAUGAGAACACCGUCUCAUUCGUGACCCUAAACAAGGUAAGUGGAUUCCUGCAGCGUAUGGACUUGGCACGCAAGUAUGCGUUUGGCAAGAUGCUUGUAAUAGGCUCCGAGCCGCCGUAUAAGGUCAAGGGGCUGUGGCUCUUCCGAGGACAGCACAUCCCACAAUUUGUGCUUGAUGAGUGCUAUGACAUGGAGCUUUACGAGUGGACCAAGGUGGACAUAACUGAUGAAGCGCAGAAGGAGCGGGUAAAUGCCAUGAUUGAGGACCAGGAGCCCUUUGAGGGUGAAGCUUUGUUAGAUGCCAAGUGCUUCAAGUAAUCUUUCCAUUCUGCCUUCUACCGAUAUUUUUCCUAUUCUGCCCUUUGCAGUCUGGAGCUGGUAUCUUUGUUCUAGUGAUCUCAUUAGUUGCUGGUUGCAAGUUUUUCCAUGUCCGGAUCCAUUUUGUUACUUGAGUUUGGCAAAACAGAGACUUGUUUAGGUGGAUGGUCUUUCUUUUUCAUUUGAUGUAUUGUUCAUUUGGGACUAUGAUGCCUAUUAUUAUCCGGACGCACGUUUAGGGGAAAAGUACCUUCAUGUCAAGAUAUAGUAGUUUAUUGAAAGCUAUGUGCUGAUUAUAAUCCUUACAAGUUUUAGGGUUUUUGUGGCCCUCGGUAAAAAGCUUUUGCAAUGUUUAU